CUGAGGUAACGCGGCUGCCGCCGUUCCCGGGACUCCCGCCCCACUCGCCCCUCUCUUUUAUAUUUUUCCUUCUCGCCCUCUCUUCCCCUUGCCUCUUCAUCUCGACCCUUCAGCAAGCAUGGAAGCGCGGCGAGGCGGGAGAUUGCGGGAAAGCCGAGCUCGCUCCCGGCGGUCCCCUCCGCCCUCCCACCUGCUGUGCCCUCGGGGCUCCCUCCACUCUGCGCGGCGUUCCGCCCCCACCCGAAGUCUCCAAGGCUGCAGCUCCCGUGUUUUGUGUGGCUCUUGGGGCCUAACAGGCAAUGUCAUUAAAAAGGGGUAUUAAUCACUUUUCUGCAGAAGUGACAAGAUGAGAUUAAGUAGGAUAACUUGAAAGAGCUACGAGUUGUUAGUUAUUUUUGGAAGAAGAGACAGGAACGCAUAAAUCCAAUAGCGAAACUUCCCAGAUGCUGAAGAAUUCUUGGCGAUAGAACAUUUUGAAAUUGGGGGUUCAUAGGGUUAGCGUUUUUUGUGAUUAGAAUUUUGAAUCGGAUUGUGCCAGCAAUUGGAUGAAAGGAUGUGUCUUCCAGUUGAGAAACGGUGGUUAAAACCUGAAACGUGGCCUUUUACCUCGUUGCCUUUCUGAGAGCAAGAUGGGUCGCCAGCAGCUGUACCGGAGCCACCCGCGAAAAUUCGGCCAGGGCUCUCGCUCUUGUCGAGUAUGUUCAAACCGGCAUGGUUUGAUCCGGAAAUAUGGUCUCAAUAUGUGCCGCCAGUGUUUCCGUCAGUACGCGAAGGAUAUAGGUUUCAUUAAGUUGGACUAAAUGAUCUUCAAAGGAUUAUCCAAGACACGAAAAAGACAUGAAAAACCAUGAUAGUUCUUUGUACAUAAAGUAAACAUAAAAAAAAAAAAAAAAAAAAA